AUGGCGAACAGCAAAUAUGAGUAUGUCAAGUGUUUUGAACUUGAGGAUGAGGUGAUGUUUCCGAAUUUUAUCCUUGUUUCGAUCAAUGCUUGUAAACUUUCCAAGCCUUAUGAUGUAAAUGCCUUGAAUUUGAUGAACUCUUGUGCUGUUGCGGUGCUCGAAGAGUUUGCAGAUGUAGUCCUUGCAUAUGGGUUUAGUGAUGAGUAUACCUUUGUUUUCAAGAAGAGCACCAAGUUCUAUGAAAGGCGAGCCAGCAAAGUGUUAUCAAUUAUUUCUUCUUUUUUCUCAUCUGUCUUUGUGAGAAAAUGGUGCGAAUUCUUUCCUCAGAAGGAACUACAUUCUCCUCCUUCAUUCCAUGGGAAAGUUGUAGCUUGUGCAUCCAUCGAUGCCCUUCAAGCUUAUCUUUUAUGGAGGCAAAAUAUCUGUCAUUUGAAAAAUCAAUAUGAUCAAUGCUUUUGGCGACUUGUGGAACGCGGGAUGAGUGAGAGGGAAGCACGGGAGUUCAUCGAUGGAGCUAAGAAACGUGAUUUAAAUGAUAUUUUAUUUGACGAGUUCAAUGUCAAUUACAAUACACUGGAUCCAAUAUUUCGACAAGGUUCAUGUAUUCUAAAGACAAUGGUAGGGGCUGUGGUGAAGUACACAGAAACGGGUGCUCCAGUUAAAAGACAAAGAAGAGAGAUAAUCACAGUGCAUUCCAAGAAAAUAGCAAGCACGCGAUUUUGGAAUGAACAUUCUAUUCUUUUGAAGGAGCUUGGUGGUUUUGUGGAGGAGAUUAACAAUGUGAAGCCGGAGUAUGUGAGGUCCUUUGAGUUUGAUAGCAAGUUGAUGCCAUCUACAUGGGUUGUAGUUCGAAUAGAUGGAUGCCACUUCCACAGAUUUUCUGAGAUACAUGACUUUGCGAAGCCAAAUGAUGAUAGAGCUCUUAACUUGAUGAAUUCAUGUGCGGUGGCUGUCUUAGAAGAAUUUAGGCAGGAUAUUAUAGUCUUUGCUUAUGGGGUUAGCGACGAGUAUAGUUUCAUUCUUAAGAAAUCCACCGAUCUUUAUGAAAGGAGAGCUAGUAAAAUCAUAUCAGCCAUUGUGUCUUUCUUCACAUCCACUUACGUGAUGCGAUGGAAAGAUUUCUUCCCUCAAAGUGAGUUAAACUACCCUCCUUCUUUCGAUGCACGAGCAGUGUGCUAUCCAUCUGCCGAGAUUUUACGGGACUAUCUUUCGUGGAGGCAAGUGGAUUGUCACAUAAACAAUCAAUAUAACACUUGUUUCUGGAAGCUUGUUGCAUCGGGAAAAAGCAAAAGAGAAGCUCAGCGUAGUCUAAAGGGUGCUCAACUGCAAAAGAAAAUUGAAGAAUUGGCUAUUGACUAUAAUAAGUUGCCAGUGAUGUUCCGACAAGGAUCCUCAGUUUUUUGGGAUAGGGUAGACAAUGUUCUCAUCAAUCCGGAGAAUGGAGAGUCUUCUGAGAAUUGUGGAAAGGUCAUUGUACAACACAUUGACAUCAUUGGAUCAGCCUUUUGGCUAGAACACCCUGGUAUCCUUGAUGAAAAGAUAAAUGUGUUGAAGAAAUGUUGA